AUGAGGGAGCGCACCAUACUGCAGGAGAGGCUGGAUGACUGUAUGAGGGAGCGCACCAUACUGCAGGAGAGGCUGGAUGACUGUAUGAGGGAGCGCACCAUACUGCAGGAGAGGCUGGAUGACUGUAUGAGGGAGCGCACCAUACUACAGGCGAGACUGGAUGACUGUAUGAGGGAGCGCACCAUACUACAGGAGAGGCUGGAUGACUGUAUGAGGGAGCGCACCAUACUGCAGGAGAGGCUGGAUGACUGUAUGAGGGAGUGCACCAUUCUGCAGGAGAGGCUGGAUGACUGUAUGAGGGAGCGCACCAUACUGCAGGAGAGGCUGGAUGACUGUAUGAGGGAGCGCACCAUACUACAGGCGAGACUGGAUGACUGUAUGAGGGAGCGCACCAUACUGCAGGAGAGGCUGGAUGACUGUAUGAGGGAGCGCACCAUACUACAGGAGAGGCUGGAUGACUGUAUGAGGGAGCGCACCAUACUGCAGGAGAGGCUGGAUGACUGUAUGAGGGAGCGCACCAUACUGCAGGAGAGGCUGGAUGACUGUAUGAGGGAGCGCACCAUACUGCAGGAGAGGCUGUAUGAGGGAGCGCACCAUACUGCAGGAGAGGCUGGAUGA